AUGGUGCGCGCCUGGGAGACGCCUCCCCGAGCUCGGGGACUGAGUGGCAGCGCGCUUGGGAGCCCCAGGAGCCGCCGGGAUUGGACCCGUUCCCCGCCACCGUUAUUGCGCUCCCACGCGCGCUCCAAACCCCGGGGUGGGAGGGGGCUGGAGAAAGGACGCGAGGAAACCCGAAGAACAUUCAUUUUCUCUUUCCCAGGGAACCUGGGUCUGGGCAGGAACCCGGUUUCUCGCCAGCCAACUGCUCUCAGAGGCUACCGAGCGUUCCCGCCUCGCCGCAGGAACUCUUCCAGCUCGCCCUCGGGCUCUGGGGACCGCUCCACAGCGGGGCCUCCCGGAAUUCCCUGCCGGUCUCCGCGGGCACACUUGGCUGGCUGCUGCGACCAAAACUACCUUCGCGUGGCAGGGUCCUCCUUCCUCCUCACAGACACCCCGACAUCACCCUCAAAACUGGAAGGGACAGCCCCGAGUGAUCUAGAGACCAGUGAGGCAGGGCAGGAGACACUCAGCAGUUUCCCUCGUGCGGGAUCUCUAAUAAGAGGCUGGCAGAAAAGUUCCUGUGCUUCCCAUGCUCUGCCCAGCUCUAGGGUCUCGGAGAGAAUCACCUCCAUCCCACCUACCUCACAGGAUGGCUGUGCACAUUCAUUCAUUCAGUCAACUAUUUUUUAUUGAGUAUCUACUAUGUGCCAGACACUGUUUUGCCACAGAUGAUGU